UUGUGAUAUAGGCGCUUCGCUACUUAUAUGCACGUAUAGGAACAAUGUAAUCGCACAUAUGAUUGGCUUAUGGGCAAACGUGAUGGAUUGGAGGUACCUUUCAUUCCAGUGGUUCUAAUUGGCAGCCAUAUCUGGCUACAUAAAGUGGUAGAGUCGAAUUCGAAGAGAACUCGCGAGUCGACGGAGAAGAUUCAGGUACUGACUGCUUUGAAGAUGGAAUUGCAGCUUAUGGUGGCUAUAUGAUUGGUGCAGAUGACUGAUGAUACUUUUUGAAGAACGCUUGCUUCACUCGAUCAAUCUGAUCCUAGAUUCCUUGCUGUUCUUCUGAAUUGUGAAGGUUUUAUUUGUUUUCGUGGCUAUAGCUAACAUGGCAACCACCUUUGCAUGGUCCUGUUGUCAUAUUAUGUUCUAAAACCUGAAAAAAAUCUUUAUAGCUAUUCCUUGAAGUGGUGCAAGGAGACUGACGUACGCAGCAUGUAAAUCCUGAUAAUUUUGUGUAUAAAGGUUAUGGAACCAAUAUAUGCAGUUAACAAUCUACUUUUCUACAAGGCUUACGACCUCAUCCACUCAAUGAUUGAGAAGAAAAUUUAUGUUAUUUAUGCAAAGAAAGCAAGUAGUUCUCUGAAAAAUUAAAUAUAUAUAUUCUAACGAUUUUUGUAAAAUAUAUAUCAUGCGCAAGCAAUUAAGGACGCAUACGAAACAGAAACCAUAUAUUUGUGAGAUUUGCAAUGAAGCGUUUUCUGUGAAAGGAAGUUUAAAGAAACAUUCAAUUACACACACGAAAGAGGAUCCAUAUAUUUGUGAGGUUUGCAGUAAAGCGUUUACACGAAAAGGAGAUUUAAAGAUACAUUUAAGAGCGCAUACCAAAAAGAAGCCGUAUGUUUGUGAGAUUUCCAAUAAACCGUUUUCUCACGUAAAAGGUUUAAAGAGACAUUUAAGGAUGCAUACGAAAGUGAAGCCGAAUGUUUGUGAGAUUUGCAGUAAAGCGUUUCCUGAAAAAGAAAGUUUAAAGAAACAUUUAUUUACGCACACGAAAGAGAAAACAUAUGUAUGUGAGGUUUGCAGUAAAGCGUUUAGACAUAAAGGAAAUUUAAAAGCACAUUUAAGGACGCAUACCAAAGAGAAACCGCAUGUUUGUGAGAUUUGCAGUAAACCGUUUACACGAAAAGAAAAUUUAAAGACACAUUUAAGGACGCAUACCAAAGAGAAACCGUAUGUUUGUGAGAUUUGCAGUAAACCGUUUACACGAAAAGAAAAUUUAAAGAGACAUUUAAAAAAUCAUACGAAAGAGAAACCGCAUGUUUGUGAGGUUUGCAGUAAGCCGUUUACACGAAAAGAAAAUUUAAAAAGACAUUUAAAAACGCAUACGAAAGAGAAACCGCAUGUUUGUGAGAUUUGCAAUAAACCGUUUUCUGAAAAAGAACAUUUAAUGAAACAUUUACUUACGCACACGAAAGAGAAACCAUAUAUUUGUGAGGUUUGCAGUAAAGCGUUUUCUCAACGAGGAAGUUUAAAGAUACAUUUAAGGACGCAUACCAAAGAAAAACCGUAUAUUUGUGAGAUUUGCAGUAAAGCGUUUUCUCAAAUAGGAAUUUUAAAGAAACAUCUACUUACGCAUACGAAGGAGAAACCAUAUAUUUGUGAGAUUUGCAGUAAAGUGUUUACACAAAAAGUACAUUUAAAGAGACAUUUAAGGAUGCACGCGAAACAGAAACCAUAUAUUUGUGAGAUUUGCAGUAAAGCGUUUACACAAAAAGGAAAUUUAAAGAUACAUUUAAGGGCGCAUACCAAAGAGAAACCGUAUGUUUGUGAGAUUUGCAGUAAAGCGUUUUCUCAAAUAGGAAUUUUAAAGAAACAUCUACUUACGCAUACGAAAGAGAAACCAUAUAUCUGUGAGAUUUGCAGUAAAGUGUUUACACAAAGAGGACAUUUAAAGAGACAUUUAAGGAUGCACGCGAAACAGAAACCAUAUAUUUGUGAGAUUUGCAGUAAAGCGUUUACACAAAAAGAAAAUUUAAAGACACAUUUAAGGACGCAUACCAAAGAGAAACCGUAUGUUUGUGAGAUUUGCAGUAAAGCGUUUUCUCAAAUAGGAAUUUUAAAGAAACAUCUACUUACGCAUACGAAAGAGAAAUCAUAUAUUUGUGAGAUUUGCAGUAAAGUGUUUACACAAAAAGGACAUUUAAAGAGACAUUUAAGGAUGCACGCGAAGAAGAAACCAUAUAUUUGUGAGAUUUGCAGUAAAGCGUUUACACAAAAAGGAAAUUUAAAGACACAUUUAAGGACGCAUACCAAAGAGAAACCGUAUGUUUGUGAGAUUUGCAAUAAACCGUUUUCUGUAAAAGGAAGUUUAAAGAAACAUUUACUUAUGCACACAAAACAGAAACCAUAUAUUUGUGAGGUUUGCAGUAAAGCGUUUACACGAAAAGAAAAUUUAAAGAAACAUUUAAUCUCGCAUACGAAAGAGAAACCGUAUGUUUGUGAGGUUUGCAGUAAAGCGUUUACUCAGAAAGGAAGUUUAAAGAAACAUUUACUGGCGCAUACAAAAGAGAAACCGCAAUAAAAGUUUUUCCAGUGUUAAACAUUUUAUAGAAAUAUUGUCUGACACAUGCGAAGCAAAAUCCACCGUAUGUAAGAAAGCAUUUACAGCAAAAGGAUAUUGGUAGUUCCAUUUAUCGACCCAUUCAAAAGAGUGGCUACAUGUUUGUGAUCUGUGUAAUAAAGUAUUUUCUGGUCUAAACAUUGUAAGGAGAUAUUCAUUGACGCAUACAAAAUAUAAUCCUCAUGCUUUCAAGAUAUGCAACCACAUGUUUUCUUUGCGAGGAAAUAUGAAAACGCGUUUAUAGAUUGAUACGAAAUGAAAAUGUGAGCAAUAAAGCAUUUUCUAAGCCAGUAUGUUUAAAGCCACAUUUACUAAUGCAUUUAAGAAAACUUCGCAUGUUUGUGAUGCAUGGAAGAAAAAAUUUUCUUGCCGAAGUAAUUACCAAAAUGCUUACAGACGCAUAAUACUGAGUAGUCGCAUCGCUGCAAAUUGUACACUUAAGGUGCCCCCCCCCCUCAAGUGGGAGAAUUUGAAAUAGAAUUUCCUGACACAUACGAAAGAGAAAUCUUAUAUAUAUAUCUGGACGUUGUCCAUAAUAUUUAAUUCAAUGCCGGCGUAAAAAAUAACAUUUUUAUUUAAAAGAAACAUUAAGAAAAAAAAAUUUUUUUUUUGUUAAUUAAUGGAAUACAAAUAUAAUUCGCCAAAAAAUGAGAGAAAAUGCAGUUGGCUCCACCAUCGAAUAAUUAAUUUGCUUGCACGAGAACGCAGACAAAACUGCGACACUAUCUUCAUGAAAGCACGAUCACCACAGUACUCCCAUAAACUGUAUGAGUACCCUCCCCUCUCCCCUGUGGUAGUACAGCAGCCACUGCAAUUAGUGGUAUCUGGCCCUCGUUACCUCUCAUUCCAGUGGUUCUAAUCUGGCUACAUAAAGUGGCAGAGUAGAAUUCGAAGAGAACUCAGGAGUCGAUGGGGAAGACUCAUUUACUGACUGCUUUGAAGCCGAAAUUGCAGUUGAUGGUGGCGAUAUGAUUGGUGCAGAUGACUGAUGAGAAUUUUCGAAGAACGCGUGCUUCAAACGAUCAAUGCCGAUCGUGGAUUCUUUGCCGUUCUUCUCAGUUGUGAAGGUUUUAUCAGUAUAUCUGAGUUCACAGUAAGCGCCUUCAUGCGGUGUUUGCACUGGUUUCUUAAUUGCAUCGUGGCGCACGAACACAUGAAUGCAAGACUAAAGUUUGAUGUUUGAACACUUUUUUAUUAUCAUGAGAUCUAGCUGGCGGAGGUUUGAGUUGCUCCAUUUUCGUAAUUUUUUCCAAUGAGUUGCUCCAUUUUCCUCCAUUGAGUUGCUCCACAGUUCGUAAAUUUUGUAAAAACCCAUGAGGUUCGAUGUUAAGUGAAAUGGUCUCAAAAAUUCCGCAUAUAGUUUCAGGCAUUAGUUACACCAAUUCUGCUGAUGUGCACCGCAGAUCUUCCUUUAAUGCCUUUCUGAGGGCGAGUAAAACAAAUGGAAUGGAUUCUGUUCAUUUCGCGGGUGCGUAAGAUCUGAAACUUUAUUUUAAAGAACGAUGAAAUCGCUCGAUUUAUUUGCAACGAAGCUCGAGAUCGAAGUAAAAUUUAAAGACGAAAUUUAGUUGCAUAUAUUAAAAAGAAACUAUGUAUAUGACAUUUUUUUGAAGAUUUUCUAUAGUCAUUAUUGAUGACGAGUUUAAUGAAGCACACAUAACACCACUUCAUGCCUCUGCAACUAUAACCUAUUGAUUAUUAUUUAAAUAGUGUAGUGAGCAUGAAAUGGGUGAAACAUCAAAAAACGCCCCUGUUCUAUCCGUCGCUAUGACUAUCAUCCAAAUUGUUCCAGAAAAAAUAUAAAUAAUAACAGUGAAAGUAGAUUUUAACUACUCUUGGAAAUUGCCAAAUUGGAUUUUAACAUUAUAACUUUAAUUUUUAAAAAAUAAAUUUAGGAUAGCACUAAACAAAAGCAUUAUUCACUUUAUAUCUGUCAUUAAUAGUGACAAUAUUAAAUGCUAUAAAUAAAUUUGAUGUGUGGUGAAUCGCAUAUAAGCCAGUAACAGCGCUUCUGCUCGAACAGCUGUUUUAGCAAAAUCGGUAUGUUACUGGACUGCUAACCCAAAGAUCCCAGGUUCUAUCCUAGCGCGUCCCUCACCGCUAAAUUGGUGACCUCGGACGCUGAACCUUCAACCUUCGUACAGCUGUUGUGGCGCCAUCUAUCCGCAACCAAAGUCGCCAGACUCACUUGGCGCAGCAAGCAAAGUCGUCAGACUCACGUGACGCAGCAACCCUAAGUCACCAGACACACUUGGCGCAUCGGCACCCACAAAACUCUCGCCAUAACGCUUGGCGCUACUCAAAUAAGGGUACGGCCCAUUAAGACAAUAGCUACUACUCAAUACAUCACCACUCAACGCCAUAUCGUUCGUCUCUCCCCUUCUACUAACUGGAGGGAGAGUACUGUGGUGAAUCGCAUAUAAGCCAGUAACAGCGCUUCUGCUCGAACAGCUGUUUUAGCAAAAGCGGUAUGUUACUGGACUGCUAACCCAAAGGUCCCAGGUUCUAUCCUCACGCGUCCCUCAACGCUAAAGAUGCACUGUUUGUAAUAUACUAUGUAAUAGUAUACUCCUACACUAUGCUCUGUUUCACCCUAACUUGGCAGUAGUGUAUAUUCUAGGCAUGCCGAAUCACAGUCGUUG